UAAGGUUUGUUUUAUUUAUUUAAUGAUAGUCACUAUUUAUUUGAGCUAUAUUCUGUUCUAGAAUAUCGAAAAUAUGAUGAAUUCUAAAUAGAUAAGGAAAAAUAUGAAUAGAAUAGUUAAUUAAUACGAUCUAGUAGUUUAGUGAAUUUGUAUACACUAUUUUAGUUGAGCCCGCUUAGCUCAGAGGUUAGAGCAUCGCAUUUGUAAUGCGAUGGUCAUCGGUUCGAUUCCGAUAGCCGGCUUUUACAUAGUUUUUCAUUUUUUUACAUGAUUUUUAAUGUACUUUCAAAAAAAAAUAAGAUUGAAAAGACUUCUUUCACCUUUUUCCAAGAGUUACCACGCCAUUUAUAUUAUGUCAUAUAAACUUCCAUAUAGGAAUAUAUAUUGGGGUAAAAGGUUAGAUCUUGGCAAAAUAAAUGAAGAAAAUAAAGGAAAAUUUUUGUGAUUUAUUGAUUUAUAUAUAUUGUAUAUACAAUAAAAAAAUCUGUAUAUUGAGAGAAUAUAUCUUCUGACUCUUUGUAUUCCAAUAGUUUAUUGGAGUGGAUUUUACGUUAUUUAUCAUUAUCAUUUAGUUCAGUUUUAAUUUUGUUUAGUUUUUGUACAAUUUCAAUAAAAAAAGGAGUCUUUAUGUCACGUUACCGAGGGCCUCGUUUUAAAAAAAUACGCCGUCUGGGGGCUUUACCGGGACUAACUAGUAAAAGGCCUAGGGCAGGAAGCGAUCUUAGAAACCAAUCACGCUCCGGAAAAAAAUCUCAAUAUCGUAUUCGUUUAGAAGAAAAACAAAAAUUGCGUUUUCAUUAUGGUCUUACAGAACGCCAAUUACUUAAUAUGUUCGUAUCGCCGGAAAAGCUAAGGGGUCAACGGGUCAAGUUUUAUUACAAUUACUUGAAAUGCGUUUGGAUAACAUCCUUUUUCGGUUGGGUAUGGCUUUGACUAUUCCUCAAGCGCGCCAAUUAGUUAACCAUGGGCAUAUUUUAGUUAAUGGUCGUAUAGUUGAUAUACCAAGUUAUCGAUGCAAACCCCGAGAUAUUAUUACAGUGAAGGAUGAACAAAACUCUAGAACUUUGGUUCAAAAUCUUCUUGAGUCAUCUGCCCCCGAGGAAUUGCCAAACCAUCUGACUCUUCACACAUUCCAAUAUGAAGGGUUAGUCAAUCAAAUAAUAGAUAGGAAAUGCGUCGGUUUGAAAAUAAAUGAAUUGCUUGUCGUAGAAUAUUACUCUCGCCAGACUUAAAAAACCUAAGUGAAGUAAAAAAAAAUCACUAAAAACAAGAGUUCGGACAACUCCCCUUUGCCCGCUUUUUUGAUUAAAACUAAAAAGGGACAAGGUAAGGGAUUUUGUCGGGGAAUCUUUUUCCUAUUCAUGUAUCAUAGAUUGGUAGGGAGGUUUGGAUCCCUUGUUUGCUCUUCCCAGCAUUUUCCAUAGCAAAGAAAUGUAGAUUUUAUAUCUAUUUUUUUUAUUUGAUUUGAUACGUUGUGGUCAAUCACGUAAGAUUGGUUAUUUAGUUGAAAGUACGGAAAGAGAGGGAUUCGAACCCUCGGUAAACAAAAGUCUACAUAACAGUUCCAAUGUUACGCCUUCAACCACUCGGCCAUCUCUCCGACAUCAGGAUUAUGACUGAGUACCUGGUGAAUAGUCUGUGAAUCGUUAUUCAUCGUUUUUUAGAUUAUGGUUAAUAGAUACCUUUUUUGAUCAGAAAAAUUGGAAGUAGAUAGAAUAUUUUUUUAUAAAAACGAGUCCGCUUUUGUUAGUUCGUACUAUAAAUUCCUUUGUUUGUGAGAAAAUUUUCUCACAAAAGAAAAGUUAAAGGAAAUAAAAAGAGUUAUAGAAUGGAUUACUACCUAUGCCAAGAUCGCGUAUAAAUGGAAAUUUUAUUGAUAAAACCUUUACAAUUGUAGCCGAUAUCUUAUUACGAGUCAUUCCGACAACUUCCGGAGAAAAAGAGGCAUUUACUUAUUACAGAGAUGGGAUGUCGGCUCAAUCUGAAGGAAAUUAUGCGGAAGCAUUACAGAAUUAUUAUGAAGCUAUGCGACUAGAAAUUGACCCCUAUGAUCGAAGUUAUAUACUCUAUAAUAUAGGCCUUAUCCACACAAGUAAUGGGGAACAUACCAAAGCUUUAGAAUAUUAUUUUCGGGCAUUAGAACGAAACCCCUUUUUACCACAAGCUUUUAAUAAUAUGGCUGUGAUCUGUCAUUACCGUGGAGAACAGGCCAUUCAACAAGGAGAUUCUGAAAUGGCGGAGGCUUGGUUUGCUCAAGCCGCCGAGUAUUGGAAACAGGCUAUAACGCUUACUCCUGGUAAUUAUAUUGAAGCACAGAAUUGGUUGACGAUCACGAGGCGCUUCGAAUAAGAACUUUUUCUUUGUUUCUUUUUUUUUUAUUCUAUAAUAUAUCUUUAUUUGUUUUUACAAUUAAUUGUUUUUUAGUUUCUUGGCCCUCUCGGUCAAAUAAACCAGAUUCUUUUUUCUAUCAGAAGAACCAAUCCCAGAAAAAAUUUCAUUAUAUCCUUUUCUCAAAUCGUUCUAUUUAAUCUGGUAUUCUCUAGGGAUAAGUAGUACAUGAAUAUGAGAAUAUCUAUAAUAUCUAUAUCUAGUUUUUUCUAUUUUUUUCUUUUCGACUAUUAAAACGAAUAAAAGGGAUUUGAAAAUGACUAAAUAUCAAUACUAGAAUGUUUCUUAGUAAUGACUAAUAAGCGGUUAUUGAAAUAGGAUAAUAUCCUCUAUUUAAAACAUAAAAAAUAGGCUAUAUUUCGGAACUUAUAAUUGAAAUAUGAAUACACUAGAUUAGGUUAUAAAAAAAAAUUAUUUGUGUACCAAUACUAAUGUAAAGGUGCGAAAACGCUUUUUAA